AUGGCAGUCAGUUUCCACCUCACAUUGAUAAGGAGGAUAUCCUUUAUGUCUUUAGCACUGACUUGUGCCGGUCCUUAUACCUUGAGUAUGAAAAAGAAGUUAAUAUAUUAGGUAUUAAAGCAUACCGCUUCACAACCCCUGCUAAGCUGUUUGCUACUCCAAGAACAAAUCCAGACAACCAGUGCUUCUGUAAGGAUGAUCAAAAGUGUUUACUUGCUGGGGCUAUUGAUUUAACUACAUGUAAGAAAGGAGCACCAGUUGUUGCAUCUGCUCCUCACUUUUACCAAGGCUCAAAAGUGUAUAUAGAAGUUUUAUAG